CCAUAAUGAAUGGAAUGGAAAGCUAGCUAGUAGGUACCUAUGCUAACCUAAGCUAGGUUUUCAACAAAGUGGGGUUUUCUUAUUAUUUCCAAUUUCUCUCUCUAUACACAUUUUUCAUAUAUCAUUACCUUAUGCUUAUCAUGGACGGCGGCGACGACGAUCAGCUCCGCCUCCACCGCCACCACCACCACCACCACCACCACCACCAUAGCCGUAGCUUCCCCUUCCAGCUCCUCGAGAAGAAAGACGACGAAUCCACCAGCUCCGCCGCCUACCCUACCCUCGCCAUAUCCACCGACGCAAUCGGUGGUUCAUCAAACCCUACGCCGGCAGCCACCGCCGCCGCAUCAACGGCUUCCUCCGGCGGCCUGCAAAUCGCCGCCUCCGCCGACACCUCCAAAAAGCCGCCGCCGAAACGAACGUCGACGAAAGACCGCCACACCAAAGUCGACGGCCGCGGGCGGCGCAUCCGCAUGCCGGCUCUCUGCGCCGCCAGGGUUUUUCAGCUCACCCGCGAGCUCGGCCAUAAGUCCGACGGCGAGACGAUCGAGUGGCUCCUGCAGCAGGCGGAGCCGGCGGUUAUCGCCGCCACCGGCACCGGCACGAUCCCCGCGAACUUCACGUCGCUAAAUAUCUCCCUCCGGAGCUCCGGCUCGAGCAUGUCGGUGCCGUCGCAGCUGAGAUCUGCUUACUUAAAUCCCAACUACGCCAUGCCGCCGCAGCACCGCCGCGGCAUUUUUUCCGGCCUCGGAUUGUCGUCGGAAAGUCCCUCCGGCACCCUGCUCAAUUUCCAAUCGGCGAAUUUAAACCCUAAUUUGAUCCAAUCGAAGCAGGAAAUUAGGGAAAAUUCCCUAAAUUUAACUCAGGAUUCCGGCGCCGGCGCCGACGACGACAGCUUAGGCCGGAAGCGCCGCGCCGAGCAAGAACUGCCGCCGCAGCACCACCAAAUCGGAAGCUACCUUCUACAAUCGACGGCCGGAGCUCUCCAAUCAAGCCACGCUUCGAUUCCGGCGAAUUUCUGGAUGGUUUCAAAUUCAGGCAACGCUCAAUCCGCCAUUACCGGCGAUCCGAUUUGGACAUUCCCGUCCGUUAAUCUGAACAACACCACAGGCGCCGCCGCCGCCGCCGCCGCUCUGUACAGAGGAACCAUGUCCAGUGGGCUCCAUUUCAUGAAUUUUCCGGCGCCGAUCGCGAUGCUUCCUAACAACCAGCAGCAUCAAUUAGGUAAUAACGGGAUCGGAGAAGGUCAAUUAGGUAUGCUCGCCGCCGGAUUGAACCCGUACCGAUCCCGAGGCGGCGGCGGCGCCGGCGUGUCAGAUUCACAGGCCAGCGGCUCCCACGGCGGCGCCGACGACCGGCACGACUCCACCAGCCACCAUUCCUGAAUGAUGACGAAGCUUUUGGUACCAUUUCAGUAGUUAAUUUUAUGUGCGAAGCUAAGCACACACGUGAGUUCUGAGGAAUGGGGCCCGCACCUUAUCAGCUGCCAGGUGGUGGGAUCCACGUGUCUUUUAAAUUAUUACCAGAAGCAGCCACAGCUGGCGGGCGCCAUGAAGAUCGCUGGUGGGUGUUGUUGUCGGGCCCCACAUCUACACUCAAUCUGGACCGUCCAAUAUUUCACGUGGGGCCAUCAUGUCCAUCGGCUGGCGCGCUCCGCUCUCUCAAUUAUUAACCAAGCCGCUUAUAUAUAUAUGUUUUUAAAAAUUAGUUUUCAUACAUUUCAGAAAUAAUAUACUUCCAUCCGUUCUCGUAGAAAGACUGCCUUGUUUUUU